UUUAACCCAAAAGAAAUGCACCAUUUCCCUCCCGCUGUUACAAACGAUGCUGAGCUCCGGAAGUAUAAGCUGAACGGGAAAGGGAAAAAGAGACAUAAAUAUCCAAAAUUCCAAACCCUAAUGGGGUGUGAAGAACCAAGUAAAGUCUCGAAGCAAAACUGGUGCAAAGAGAGGGGAGGUGGCAGGAACAUGAAGUCUGCUAUUAAAAACCAGAAGAACCCUAAUCGAAUACCUCUAGGCCCAAACAGAGCCUUGAUGAAAAAGAAGAAGAAGAAUACUGAGAGCAAGACCGAAAACGAUGAGAAAAGCAAUGUCUUACAACCGACAACUACUACUCUUCUUCCGUCACAGCAAUUCGGCUUUUUCUUGGAUCGUCUUAAAUCUGCCAAUAAUCGUCUCAAACUUUCUUCUCUCGAGAUGGAAUCAAUGUAUGCAGAUACAUGCAUAGUAGAGCUAUUGCAAGAUCUAGAGCAGAAUGCUGGUAAUUUGAGCAAACAUAUGAAGGCUGUUUUUGGGAAGUCAUGGAAAAAUGUACUCUGUGAAGGGCAGCUUUUAGAGGGAAAGGUUGAUCCAGGGAGUCCAGCAGUUCUUGUUAUCAGUUCAUCUGCCUUGAGAUCGUUAGAGCUUCUCAGGGGUCUCCGCCCAUUGACAAGAGAGUGUCAGGCCGCAAAGCUAUUUGCCAAACAUUUGAAGGUCAAUGAACAGGUAUCACUGCUGAAAGCCCGUGUGAACAUUGCUAGUGGUACGCCAAACAGGAUUAAGAAAUUAAUUGAAAUUGAUGCAUUAAGGCUUUCACGCUUAGCAGUGCUUGUGCUUGACAUGCACAUAGAUGCCAAGGGCUAUUCCCUGUUUACUCAACCACAAGUCAGUGGUGAAUUCUGGGACUUGUAUACAAGUCACUUGCACCAGCAAGUCAUCCAGGGUGAUCUACGUAUUUGUCUGUAUGGCCAUAUAAGUCAAAUGCAGAAUGAGGUAAAAAGUGCAGCACUGGAUGAAUGAUUAUAGGCCUUUAAAUGUACCAAUUUUGAGCUUGAGACACUGUGCUGUUGCAUAUGCUGAGCAUUGUUAUUCUGUUAUUUAUUUAGUCAACUGAGGCAAGCUUUUACCUAGAUGCUUUUGUGACUUUGAAUUUGAUAUAUUUUACAUCCAAGUUAUGUCUUUAACUGAA